AUGUCGAUCGCUUCUCUUCUCAAUCCGGCUGAGGAGGAGGAGACGGCGCAUGCGGAGCUGACCGAUGCCGAAAUCAUCAAGCUUGUUGAGGAUCCGUAUGGGGAGGAGGAAGGUGCUGCUGAGGCGGAGGAGGAGGUGGAAAAGCAUUCGAAGGCUGAAAAGCUUGCCAGUCUUAGUCUAUCCAUCGCCCUUCUCGACCUUUCUCAGGAGUCCCAUCGUAUAGCUCACCGGACCCUUCGUCAUGUCCAAGCUGAUCUCCGUAGUGCGAGCACCACUCAGGCCACACUUGGUUCCUGGCUGAAGUAG